AUGAAGUCCUUCAUCGCCGCAGCGGCUUUUGUAGCCGUAGCAGUGGCUCAAAACCAGCAGAUGAACGCAGCAGCCAUUGCAGCAGCACCACCGCCAGCAGUCACCCAAGCUCCAGUUGGCGCAGCUGAUCAAGGCGAUGUCACGUACGACCAACAAGCUGCCGCCAAUUCAGCAGCCGAUGUCCAGCCAACCUCUGCACCUGCCUCCAAAAUGAAGCGUGCAGCCUGCGACCCUCAGCCAGCCGGUACUGCACCAAACACCUACCCAGAUACUCCAAAAGCCUUCCAGAAGAAUCCAUACUUCCACGGACAGGCCAACUCGUGGCCAGUCUACAUCCCAUCAGGCAACUCCUUCUACGCGGAGCGCUUCCGAGACAAGAACGGCUCUACCCAGCAGAACUCUUACUUGACUUAUUACGUCUUGGACAAGUAUUCUCCUCCCGAAUGCGCCAAGAAGUGCGAUGCCGUGAAGCUGUGCACUGCUUUCAACAUCUACGUCGAGCGUGACCCAAGCCUUGAGCCAGGCCCAGCCUGCCCCAACCCCAAAUCUGUCUCCAACUACAAAUGCGCUCUCUGGGGCUCCGACAUCUCCGCCUCCACAGCAACCAACACCGGCCAAUACCGCGACGACUUUCACGUCGUGAUCACAGCCUCAAACGGCUACUCUCGCGCCUCAUGGACUCCACCAUCCCUCAUCCCAGGCUUUCAACUCGCCCAAAACCUGUCCAACAAGGCCAUCACUUCCGCCUCUAAAUCCACCUACCUCGGCUGGAAAUUCAUCCCAGGUCCUUAUGAUCCAAGUCUCUGCGGUUCGUACGCUGUAGCUCAAACUGCGGCGAACAAGCAGGAUGCGAAAGACAAGGGAUAUAAGAGCUACCAGCCUUGUAAUUUGUUUAAUGCUUAUUAUGUUUACAAGAAUCAGUAUGCGCAGGGGACGUAUUGUCAGCUUUUCAAUGCUGAUAUUGAUGGGGUCAAGGCUUCGGGACAGGCGGACACGACAUAUGAUGGGGAUAGCUACAGUGUUGGGGCCAGCUAUACUUGGAGGGCGAGCCCUCAGAAUGAUGGACAGUUGUAG